AUGGCGGCCCUGGGGGCGGCGGGCAGCCGCAUAGCCGCGCGCGAGGAGCCGGCCGGCUCAGUGGAGUCCUCGGUCGUCACCCCAAUGCCAUUGCCCACCGUGUCCCCCGAGCUGCCUGUCUCCUCGGGGCAGGGCGCGGAGCGGGGAAAGAACCUGUGGGAGCAGAUCUGCCAGGAGUAUGAAGCUGAGCUGCCUCCCUUUCCAGAGGAAUAUAAAGUCAAACAAGCAGCUAUGAUUACUGUUUCACCACUCAGGGAAACCAGUGUUGACACAGAACGCCUUUAUGCAGUUCCUCGUUCGGCUGUGGGCUCACCUGCUCCCUGUCCUCGAGUUAAAUCUGAAACAGUUAAUCCAAAAACAUGUCCCCCCAAAGAAUAUUUGGAAAUGUUCAUUUUUCCAGUGCUGCUCCCUGGAAUGGCUAGCCUGCUUCACCAAGCAAAGAAAGGAAAAUGUUUUGAGAGAAAAAGAACCAAAUUUAUUGCCUGUGACUUCCUGACCGAGUGGUUAUACAAUCAAAAUCCAAAGAGGACAGGCGAGCCUUUCACAGAAUUCUUCUCCAUUCCAUUUGUGGAGCAGUGGCUCAAGAUUCACCCGCGGCCACCAAUCCCACUCUCCCUCCUGCUGACAGAAGAGGAGGCAGCCCUGAUCAUUCAAUCCUUCUGGAGAGCCUAUCUGGUUCGGUGUGAUCCUGAGAUUCAAGAAUUGCGUCAGUGGCAGAAGAAACUGCACGAGGAAAAGCAUAUUCGCCAGAGAGUCAAAAUUUUCUGGGCCAAACAAGAGCAGAAAGUGAAAUGCAAAAUGGAGGAUGAUAAGGAGGCUACAGCCAAGGCUUCACUACCUUAACCCCUGUUACUCUCUCUUCCCUUCUGAGCUCCACUGACGCCACUGGAGGAAAAUGUCCAAAUCAUGCUUCCUCUAUUGUUAUUUAACCACCAGGCUUGAUACAUGUGAAUAUGGGAUCUUUUGGGCAUAAGAGGAUUUAUUGCAAACCAGCUUUCGUGCAAACAGUUUAUCAUGAGAAGGUCUUAGCUUUCUGCAUGAUCCUCAAAUUUUAUUUUCAUCCGUGUAUUUCUCCAGUACUUCAGGAGUAUUGUCUACCCAACCUCCAUUCAAAUAUACAAUGAACUCUAGUUCCAAGGGAUGUUGAAGUGUUUGAGGUACCAGAUUCCCACUUUUGGCUGUCUUUGCAAAGAUACACAUUUAAAUUUAAGCCCCAAGUCUUUGCAGUGGGUUUUAACUUCAUCUGUGAGUACUCUUGAGGCAUUACUGCCUGUGAUUGUUCCCAAAUGAAAUUGACCCUUCCCUUUGACUGCAAACCCAACAAGAUGAGACACACUUAAACCCAGAUGACAAUAACAGACUAAGGAUUUUUGUUGUCAAAACCCCAGAAUAUCACAGGAAG